AUGACGUAGAACUCGUGACGUAACGCGUGACGCAUUGCAACGACAAAUUCGAAUUCGUUCCAUUUCGUAUUGUUGCCGACGCCAUCUUGGAAAUUUAUGCUUUCCGGAAAUUGCGAGUUCUUUUUCCCUCCAUUUUGACAUUUUUCGUACGAAUUUUAAUAACCAAAGCUUGCAUAACGUAGGAAGAAGUAUCAUUCUCAAAUGUUGUAAUCCAUUUUCCAAAGAGACGUCGAAACAUUUUGGAAACUUCUUGUGCUCAAAACAAUUAACAAGCAGCAAAACAACAGACCGAAGAGACUAAAACAAAAUACGAUUUAGUCAUCGGAAUCCUGUCAUCUAGGUCAAACUUUCAACAAAGAGAAGCUAUCAGAAAAACCUGGUUGAGCAUUCUGAACAAUUCUUCAAUUUUAAGCAAUUUUAAUGCAAAAGCAUGGUUUAUUGUAGGCAACAGGGAUUGUCCAAUUCCUGUCGAAUAUCGAUUGAAUGAUUAUGACUGCCAGUUAUGGGAAGCUAACGUUUCCGAUAUAAAGAUGAAUGAAGAAUUUUCAACAGAAAAAAUAAGUAUUGUAAACAAUCAUGACUCUAAACAUCAUCAUUAUGUGCAUCAGGGUUUUAGUUUUCAGGUAAAUUAUCCAAUAAUAAUUAAAAGGUUGGGAGUGUUAGCUGAAGGACUUCUUCCAAAUUCUUCUGUUAAAGUUACAUUGUUAAAUGGACCUUUAAAGGAAAUAGUCGUCAAGACCAUGAUCAAUUUCGAAGGAUUUAAUACAGAGGUCAACGGAUUUUUAUAUCGCUCUGUAACACCUUAUUUAUUACCAAAGAGAUUUGAAGGUGUAUUACUUGUUGAAGGAGUGUUAUCAAGAAAAGCCUUAUCACUUGUUGAAUGGAAUAAUGGAAGUGGAUUAAUAACCUUUCAAAGAAUUUAUAAAAUGGCAGACGAUUCGGAGUCGAUGGAAUUUGAUAACAAGAAUCUUGUCGCUCCGAGCAUGAUGUUUGCUCUGUCUGAUCGAAAUAAUUUUUUAAAUUUUGAGACUGACAGAAAAAAUGCAAUAAGUAAUUGGAAAAAAUCACUUCUGUUAACAAGUUUAAAUCUACAGAGAGAAUUAGAGACAUGGAAUGACAUAUACUUAGUAGAUGUAAUAGAUGUGUACAGAAAUUUACCAGUAAAAUUAUUGAAGUUUUUAAAUGGAAUAGUCGACAAAUAUAAAUUAUUGGCUUUCUUAAAAACUGAUGACGACUGUUUUAUUCAUAUACCUAACAUUGUUAAAGAAUUAAGAAACCCAAAAUACAAACUCAGUCAUAAUUGGUGGUGGAGCAGAUUUAGACGAAACUGGAUAGUAAAUUAUUUUGGAAAAUGGAAGGAUUUUAAUUACGCUUCAUUUGUCUAUCCAGCUUUUCCUUGUGGAGGUGGCUAUGUAUUAUCUUCUGAAGUAGUGAACUGGAUAGCAAAUAAUGAAAAUGCAUUAUUUCCGUAUCAGGGUGAAGACGUAUCCAUAGGAAUAUGGUUGUCGGCAACAAUAUUUAAAAAACAUGAGGAUGACAGAUGGAAUUGUGAGGAAGGCUGUCGGGAAAAUAGUUUUAACAGAGUUCAGUUAUCAAAUGAAGACAUGUAUAAAAUUUGGAAUACCUAUAUUUCAUGUGGAAACAUUUGUCAUUGUUAAUAAAUAAAGUUAUU